CCCCAGUGCAGCCAUGGAGCAGCCAGCUCAGGACCCGGAGGGGCUGCUGCUGCCGUCGGCACCCGGAGACACGCAGGGCCAUUCCGCCUCCGGGCUGGAGAGCGCGGUCGGGGGCGAGGCCGAGGCGCCCCGCGAAGAGGGCUCGGGAGACGGCACGAUGAGAGAAAAUAAUUUUGGGCUGAAGAAGAUAGAAAUUAGUGUUUCAGAAGCAGAAAAGAGAACUGGAAGAAAUGCUAUGAAUAUGCAAGAAACAUAUACUGCUUACCUCAUUGAAACAAGGUCUGUUGAACAUACUGAUGGCCAGAGCACUCUAACAGACUCACUUUGGAGACGAUAUAGUGAGUUUGAGUUGCUGAGAAACUAUCUUCUAGUUUACUAUCCACAUGUUGUUGUUCCGCCUCUACCAGAAAAGAGGGCAGAAUUUGUUUGGCAUAAACUGUCUGCUGACAACAUGGACCCAGAUUUCGUGGAAAGACGACGAAUUGGUUUAGAAAACUUUCUCUUGAGACUUGCUUCACAUCCCAUACUUUGUAGAGACAAAAUCUUCUAUUUGUUUUUAACACAGGAAGGCAACUGGAAGGAGACAGUGAAUGAAACUGGGUUUCAGUUGAAGGCAGACUCCAGGUUAAAAGCGCUUAAUGCAACAUUCAGAGUGAAAAACCCAGACAAGAGGUUUACAGAACUGAAACACUAUAGUGAUGAACUGCAGUCUGUUAUCUCAAAUCUUCUUCGAGUCCGAGCUAGAGUAGCAGAUCGUCUCUAUGGAGUAUAUAAAGUACAUGGAAAUUAUGGGCGAGUUUUCAGUGAAUGGAGUGCCAUAGAAAAAGAAAUGGGUGAUGGAUUGCAGAGUGCAGGACAUCAUAUGGAUGUGUAUGCAUCUUCUAUUGAUGAUAUUUUGGAAGAUGAAGAACAUUAUGCAGAUCAAUUAAAGGAGUAUCUUUUCUAUGCAGAAGCACUACGGGCUGUUUGCAGGAAGCAUGAACUUAUGCAGUAUGAUUUGGAAAUGGCUGCUCAGGAUUUAGCAUCCAAGAAGCAACAAUGUGAGGAACUGGCCACUGGGACUAUCAGAACAUUUUCUCUGAAGGGAAUGACUAACAAACUCUUUGGUCAAGAAACUGCAGAGCAGAGAGAAGCCAGAAUAAAGGUGCUAGAAGAACAAAUCAGUGAAGGAGAACAGCAGUUGAAGUCAAAAAAUUUGGAAGGCAGAGAAUUUGUGAAAAAUGCUUGGACUGAUAUUGAACGCUUCAAAGAACAAAAGAACCGUGACUUGAAGGAGGCUCUCAUUAGUUAUGCAGUCAUGCAAAUCAGUAUGUGCAAAAAGGGAAUUCAAGUUUGGACUAAUGCUAAGGAAUGCUUUAGCAAGAUGUAAUCCUGUGAAAUGGAUUUCUCUUCAAUCAAAAUAUCCCACAACAGAAGCACAAGUAAAAAAAACUUUUUAAUUUAAGUUGCUAACCCAGUAAACAUAAAAUGCAAGUAGAUUUAACUUUUUUAAAUUUUACUCAGUUGUGUUAAUAAUAUAGCACAAAAAGGAUGUAUUUUAAUGAAGAUUAACUAUUAUAAUUUGAGGUUUGAGGGACUGGUGCUGAUUCCCAAAACUUAAGAUAAUACAUACCAACAGACUGUCAGGCUUCUGAACCAAUGACUUAAUGUCCAGAUGUUAGGUAAUUUCUAGAUGUUUGUUUCUAUGUCAACUGUUUUUCAGAUCUGUGUCUAUAGGGAGGUUUUACCCCCCUAAGAUUGCAUUCCUAUCUUUACUUGGUAAGUCCCACUCAUCUGUGAGGAGGGUUAGUUUUUCUUGCCUUAUAGUUGAGCUACUUGGUUUGACAAAGCUCAGCAGAAACUUAGUGUGAAAUCAGAUAUUUUCUCCCACAUUCAUUGAUGCCCCUGCAUCAUAUACUAGAAAAUGCCUUCAGUUUUUGUUCUACCAAAAUUUUGAUAUUGGUCAACAAUUUUGUACUGCCAUCAAAAUAGACAAUUUCUCAGAUUAAAGUAGAGGAAUAAUUGUUAUGAUAUAGAAAUCACUAUAUAGACAGUUUUAAUUGGGUAUGUUACUUGGAAGCAUUAAAUUCUUAAAUAUUUUUUAACCUCUAUCAAGGAGCCUAAAUUUAUUGUUUGUCUCUCCACAUGGCACUUCAGGGUACAAGAUGUAGCAUUUCAGUGUAUGAGACAUAUGUGUAAAUGUGUUAACAUCUUCAGUAUUCACAUCCUUUUUUAUUGCUUGGCUGUAAUUUUUGUAAAGAUAAAUCAUGUUUUUAUGUGUUUAUUUGUGGCAUAUGUUCAGAAGCCAAGCACCCUCAUUUUGCUUGCUUUUUUAGGAUCUUAAUGUGUACUCAUUACAAAUUAUGUUUAAAAUACCCCAGUACUAUUUAGCAUUUGACUUUUUCACAUGUUUAAAAUGUUAACUGGAUUUUUGUGCUGUUUGCCAAACUUAUAAAAUAAAUAAAGUAUUGUGCUGGUUUUCAAA